AUGAUUCACGUGGAUAGACAAUUUUUCAUUGGGAAAUUAAAGAAAUUGAAGAAUUUAACAUUCUUGGAUAUAAGUGGUAACCAUUUCAACGGCACCCUAUCAUUUAAAGAAUUUUCGACUUUCAAAAGGUUAGAGAUUUUGAAUUUGGAGGGUAAUGCUUUUACUGGAUGUAUUCUGGAAGAUAUAUGGGCUCUACUUUCUUUGAAAGCAUUACAUUUAUAUGGUAACAAAUUCAGUGGCUCUUUAUUAAAACAAAGUUUGUGUAGUUUAAAAGAUCUUCAACAUUUAGAUCUCAGCUAUAAUGAAUUUGGAGGCACUCUUCCUCGAUGCCUUGGCAAUUUGACAUCUCUCACAAUCCUAGAUCUGUCUGGAAACCAACUAACAGGGUAUCUUCCUUCAUUUUGGCCACCUAAGCUCCAAUAUGUUGAUCUUAGCCAUAAUCAUCUCGAGGGCCUAUUCUCUUUUAAUUAUUCCAGCCUUGAGAAUGGUUGGAUUCCAUCAUUUCAGUUAAGGACUCUUAUAAUGCAAGAUUGUGGUCUCGAAAGUAUUCCUGAGUUUCUGUUUCACCAAUUCAAAUUGGAAGUACUUGACCUUUCUCACAACAAACAAAAAGGAAGAUUUCCUUAUUGGUUACUUCAUAACAAUGGAGGACUUGAGAUCCUAAAUCUCAUGAAUAAUUCUUUCAAUGGCCAGCUUGAAAUUGGGGCAAAGAUGCUUUCGAGCAUGACAUAUCUUAAUUUAGCCAGAAACCAUUUUGAAGGUGAUCUUCUUUUUUCAGGCGAUAACUGUAAAUUGAUCGCUUUAGAUUUGUCUCAUAACAACUUUUCAGGGAAAGUUCCAGAGAAACUGCUUUCAAAUUGCAUUUCCUUGAGAUUUCUGAGGUUAUCUCAUAAUAAUUUUCAUGGUCAGAUAGCAUUGUUUAACUUGACUCGAAUUGCUGAUUUGCAAUUGAAUGACAACCAAUUCGAAGGAACCCUAUCAAGUUUGCUCACCAAUUUUAGUCAUCAAAGCUAUGGCCCAAAGGUGCUACAUUUGAGCAACAAUCAAUUGCACGGUGAGAUUCCACACUGGAUGGGUAACAUCACAGGAUUGGAAUAUCUCAACUUGCGCGAUAAUCUUUUUCAAGGUAAUAGAUUCAGUGGUUCAAUACCUGAAACUUUGCUUAAUAUCUCAACACUGAACUCAUUAGACUUAAGCGACAAUGAGUUGUCGAGCACCAUUCUUAAUAAAUCUGGUGAGAAUUUAAGUGGUUUACGAGUUCUUUUAUUACGAGGAAAUCAUUUCAGUGGCUUCAUUCCAAAUUGGCUGGAAGGAGAAGGACCUCUCUAUGGUCCAUUAAGUGACAAACUUGUUGAAUGGGGGAUAGGAUAUUGGGGCGGCAGCGAAAUUCUCUUAGAUAACACAGCUUCUUUUGAUGCUGAGGUUGAUGAAAAAAAUGAUUCUCUGCUAUUUUUUAAUGCUAGACUGGAUGAAGCAGAUAGUAUUAAAUCUAUUCUCAAUACCUAUGCGGCUACUUCUGGACAAGUGGUGAACUUCAACAAAUCUGACAUUUUCUUCAGUUUCAAUGUGGUCUCCUCUGUAAGAUCUAAUAUCAGUAAUAUUCUGAAUGUUCAUUCACUAUUGAGUCAUAAUGUCUAUCUGAUGUUACAUUCUCUUAUUGGGAGGAUCAAAAAACUUUUGGUGGGGAGUAAAAGAGAAGGGCGGAGGGGUACUAAUUGGCUAGCGUGGGAGAAGAUGUGUAGUAGAAAGGAAGUGUUUAAAGCAAAGUACUUCCCAAAUGGUGAUUUAUUUUCAGCCAAUGUAAGUAAUGGUGCUAGUUUUGUUUGGAAAAGUGUGAUGACAUCAAGGGAGUUGAUUCGAAGGGGUACAAGGUGGAGGGUGGGUAAUGGAGAGAAGAUUUUAGUGGCUUCAGCUCCCUGGAUUCCUAAGGAGGAUAUUUUUUUUGCGAAUGAUGGCCCCGAUUUUAUUGAACUACAUUUGCGUGUUUGUGAUCUUUUUAAAGAGAUUAUGGUCAGCAAGGAACUCAUUAUUAUGAAACCAGACCUUGUGGAAGACGUCCUGCAUAAUAUCUUGGAUUGGGAAGCUGCUCAACGUACUGGUGCUUUGCAUGGAAAUACCACUGCUACUUUAUAUCAUGGCAGAAACUUGUUUUAUUUCUCCAACUCUGCUCGUGAUCCUGAAGCCAUUCCUCUCCAAAUUCGUGUGUCAUCUUCAAGUUUGGGCAAUUUCAGUUGGUUUUGUCAAGAUGAUGGGGUUUUGUUUCAAGUUCAAGAUUUUAUUGGUUACAGUUUUGUUAUGGAAAACUCUGAUAGUAUAUUUAAAUGUGGUGUUUUUAGUUUCUUGGAAGGCUGUUUGCAUAUAGUUCAAGCUCUUCAGUCUACACAUUUAGAUAUUUCUGAAUUGAAUUUGAUUUUGAAUGAUUGUAAAUCUUUGUUAGAUUAUAGAACUAAUAUUUCAGUUAGAUGA